CCUGACUUUUGAAUCUAAAGAAUGGUUUUGGUUUCACACGUCUGCUUCUAAAUUUCAUUCCCCUUGGACAUUUCUAGAGAGAAAGACUUAUACCAUCAAUAAAACCCCUUAACGCUCAUCCAAGUGUUCUUGAAAACAUAUCCAAACUUGUUCAAUGGUCUCUUCUACAAAAGAAAGGCUAUUAAAUACUCUCAUGAUAUACUUGCACAACAAAAAGAACUCUGUCACUGUAAACCUGCAGUCUCUUGAAUCUUCACCCAGAGGCAGAAGGUGUACUGUGUAUCCUUUAAAUAUCACAGCCCCCGUGCCACAGUUACGGUGCAAAGUCUCGUCGAAACACUGCGUUUUUUAUGACAAGUGUGAUAAGUCGUGAAAGCAUCAUGUGUGUCUCUAAUAUAAUAUAUCUCUAAAAAUAAACUCAUUUAGUACAUGACUGGGUGUUAAUAAUUAAGCGGGAAACACUGAGGCAUGUUUGUUGUGUGUGCACAUGCACAAGAGAGCGGGAGAGAGAGAGGGGUGUGUUUAGUCAGCCGUUCUCUAACCUGCUCUGUGACACUGAAAUGUUACAUGUAUCAUGUUCCUUUCACAAAAGAGACAGAAACUGCUGUGACGCAGUGCAUCUUGCCCAGGGUCUCUGUAUUCAGGUGCUUCACCUUGAUGUACUGCCACUUCUUUUAUGAAAUCCUCCUCAGUUGUGCCAAGAUCAGAACUGGUGUUUGGCCUCAGGGUGCAGGAUAAUUCUACUGUUUCACAGAGGGGAGUCUUAUAUUUUCUAGCUCUACAUUGUUAGGCUUUAUACUGUACCUGUAUGUGUAACGGUAUCUAAAUCCCUCCCAAAUGUAGAAUAAAGAACAUGCAAAAUCUUUUCUUUCACGCCCUCUCACUUAUUCAUAUGUCCCAUUAUAGAGUGUCUGAAAUAGCAGCUGAACAAGGCCUGUUUUUAAAUCUUCUGGGAUGUUCAGAUAAAGUUAGGCGGCUUUCAGAUCCGUCUGUAAUUAAUUCACAAAGAUACUUUUCCUUGUGGUAGAAUGGAAUGAAAUAUGAAAUAAGGGGCUUUGCAGCCAAUAAGAAAGAGCUGUUGAUGGAUUUUUGGACCAAACCUCAAACCACCUGGUCUCAACCGUCUCUAGUCCCUUCGGGCUGUCCUGAGUUCGCUCCAAAACUUAUUUCACCUCAAUAGUCCUGGUCCUUGGUAGGGUAUGGCAAUUGAUUUUCCGUUCAGCAAGGAUUCAUUUUUAUUAUUUGAAUGUAUGCGUUCAUACUUUAUCUAUUUUUACAUUUAUUUUUUGUUAAAUUGAAGUGUUAAAUUUGCACGUUAUUUAUUUAUUAACAAUUUAUCUAUUUUACUUUUACAACCAGCUAGUAUUUCCACUAUCUUAAAAGGAUAGCUUUUAUUUCUGUGUAUCUUGCUAAAUUGUUGUCUGUUUUGAACAAAACCUUGUUAGACAAGCGGCUUCCAUUGAAUUCUGCAGUUUUAUGUACCGAUUCCUUUAUCCACACAUGAGGGAGCGAGGCAUCUCUAUUAUAGACAUGUGGAAACUCAGAACAGAUAGACGCCAUCCAGAAAGAGAGCACGGCGUGUGUGCAAAAUACAAGGGUAGAACCAGAUGAUUUCUGACACCUGGUCAUUAAAAGUUGCUGCAAUCAUUCAUUUGGCCGUUCUCCACCAUAUUUUUGCUGUUGUUUGGCUCGUGCUGUUAACUGCUUGUCAACAUGUCAAGAGAACAUCAGACUGCAGCUGCGGCCGCAACCUCUCUGUUAUAUCGCAUGCAUGUCUCCCAGCUGUUUGCCUGUAGCCAUGGGAUGGGAGUUUUGUGAGUUUACCUAAAGUUCAAGUUGGUGAAAUGAACAUUGUGACCUUUGUGAUACUUUGCCACGAGGACAUGGAUGUGCUGGUUACCACGGUUGAGUUGUCCACUAGCUAGUAGAUGCUGUAACGGCCCAAUCUGGUAUCAAAAAGCAUACUUAGUAUAGGCCUCUAAGUUUAUACUGUAUAUACAACCACACCAUCCUGACAUGAUCAGGAAGCAUGAAAAUCUAAAAAAUAGGCUGUGCGUGGCCGAACAACUACCUGUGUCAUGUACUCUAAAAGAGAGAGACAGACAGAAUGACAGAGGCAGUGAGACGGGAUAGCAGAGGGGUGUCAUUUCCAUACCUGCUGAAGCCUGACUGUCUACUUCCUCCUCACAGACUAAAGGCAGGGAAUUGCCUUGUUUCUCUCUGUUUACAUUGAACUGCUGUGGGCGUUGGCACCUGCUGUCCAGCCUAACAUGUCCCACACAAUGUCUGUCUUUCAGAUGGGCUACUGUUUGAUUUAACAGGUGGAGACAGCUGGACUGCUCACCCUUUGAGCUUUUUCAUCCAGAUAAACUCAAAAUGAUUAUUUUUCCUUACACUGGAGCAUUAUAAAGGAAAAGAUACAGUUAUUGUGUCCACAUAACUGUUUAACUAUAAUGAAAAUUUCAUGUCACUAACAUCCUUUAAAGGGAUACUCUACCUAAAAAUGAAAAUUCUGUUGAAUACAAAGCAAGAUAUUUAGAAAAAAUGUUGUCAAGUAAGAUUUCUGGGGUAGUCAAAAAAUGGUUUUCCUAAAUUAUUUAAAAUCUUCUUUUGUCUUUAACAGAACAAAAAAUAUACAAUCUAUAAUCUAUACAAUAUACAAUUUUUCUACUAUGGUGCCCCAGAAAUGUCAGUUGCUAACAUUCAUCCAAAUAUAAUUCUUUGUGUUCAACAGCAAAAAAAAGAAAUUUAUCCAGGUUUGGAACAACUUGAGGAUGAGUAAUUCAUGACAGAAUUUUUAUUUUUAGGGGGACUAUCUCUUUAAACUGUUUGCAGAGGACUUUGCAAAGAUAUGACUUUUUAACAGAGAAUUGAUCUUGUUAUUGGGUUUGUAUUUCUUAAAGGGAUAGUUCACCCAAAAAACCUUUUAGAAUUUAGCUUUAUGUGAAAAUUUGUUUUGUGAAUUUACAUUUACUGCAUGGAUAAAAAGACAUUUUUGCAGUGUAUAUUUGAAGUUUUGUAUCUAAGGCCAUUUACCAGAACAAAAUACUAAACAAAUCCCAUCUAACACGUUGCAACAAAUUGCGUUUUGGUGUAAAAAUGGGUCAGCGAGUAGAUCUGAGACAGUAUAUAAUAGAAUAUUAUACUUUCCUGUGGCUCAGUGGUUAGAGCAUGGCACUAGCAACGCCAAGGUCGUGGGUUCGAGCCCAGGGAUUUUACAUACUUAGAAACAAAUGUGUAGUAUAAUACAAUGUAAGUCGCUUUGGAUAAAAGCGUCUGCCAAAUGCGUAAAUGGAAUGUAACUCAAUGUAUACUCAAAGGAAAUUAUCUGCACAGUAAUUGUGGCCUGUUAGAAUAAAUGCUGCCGUAACUGAAACAGACCCAUCAAGCAGUCACAUCAACAACAAAUGGAGGACUUAUUGAUUAUUAAUAUAGCAUAAACAUUGCUAUCUUCCCUCACUAUAUGAUCAUUUACUAUAGCUAAUGGUACCCGGGCCGCACCUCUGUUUCAGUGCCAUGGGAGACGGAGAGCUCUUGGCACCGUGUUAGACAACACAACAAACUCAGAUUACAGUGAGCUCUGUGCAGCUUGACCUUCUUUCAUGUGCAAUAAAAUAAAAGGCCAAUUGAACGUCAGGCUUAUCAGAUCAUAUGCCAGUCUGGUGAGUUGCCAGUUAGCAGGUGCACCAAAGCAUCCUUCUAUUUCUCCUAAGAUUGUUCCCUUAGGCUAGUUCAUCUCGGCUAUUUACAGUAGCUUCACUGUGGUGAUGUUCUUGGGUUAAUGGUCUUCUGAAAGUCUAUGAGUGAGCUAUAUGUGAGAAAUUCCACCGUCCUGAGAGAACUAUAUGAAAUUCCUCUUCGCAGACCGAUGAUAACAGAUGUUUUCAAUUAGGUCAUAAUUAAGCCGUGUCUAAAUAUAGCACUGACACACUAUGUGAUGGGAGCUUGUGACGUCCCCGUGGCUCUUGGUAUUUUCGGCUCUGGUUUGUAAAGAAUAGAAGAAUGUGCCUUUGUUUGUUUGGAUAAAACAGGUAGUUAGAGGAGGUGCUUUAAAGAUAUCAGACUCUAACAUGUGACGCCACUGUAAACUCAAAUGUCUGAUCUAGACCGUGACCGCGUCUCCAAGAUACACUUGAGUUCAGGAUACUAUUUCAGCCCACUUUUGUAAAGGUGAUUUACAAAGCAUUAAAAUCUCACAAAAACCUGUUGUGUUUACUAGUGCUCCUGGUUGAUUUAAGGAAAGUCUUCUGGGCACAGUUGUAGUUUCUACACUGUCAAAAAAUCCAGUAAAAAACGGACAUUUGUUGGCAGCUGGGGCGCCACAAAUAUUCAGUAAAAUAUUCCUGUAAAUUACAUGGUUUUCUCGGUUUUUCUUGUAAAUGUGCGGUCUUCUUUCUGCAAUUUGACAGUUGUUGACUGUAAAUAAUAAUAGACUGUAAAAAAGUCCUGCAAAAAACAGAAAUAUACCGUAAAAUUAGGUUUUUCCUGAAAUAUGCAGUAAUUUGACGUUUUUUGACCGUAUUUCAAAACUAUGUGAAAAAUCUGAUAAUAAAACAGUAAAAUUUUGUAAAACUACAGGUUUUUGGACAUUAUAUGUGAAAACCUGUAAAAAUUAACAGUCAAAUUCUGUAAAAUUAAGUUUUCUUACACUGUAAGAUUGUCUAGUUUUUACAUCUAGAAUGACUCUACACUGUUUAGUUCUUGUAAGAUUGCAUAACUAAGACGACGAAUCAUUAAACUAGUGACAAAUUGAUCUCGCUUCAGUGUGAAAUGUAUCAUUUGUCAUGCUCAUGCCACAAUACACAGCGAUACUUCUCACGUACCUCCAAACUUCCAAACUAACAUGCUGCUACACCUGACCACCAUUUCCUUGCAUACAAAUAUGCUAGAGGGGUGGUUACACAAUAAUGUGCAUGCUACUUUUAAGCUAAACAAACAUUUCAAGUGCCAGCUGAGAUCUAUUUAAUAAUCCACAGAGAAACAAAGUGUCCUCUGUAAAAUCAAGUGCAGAUAGAAAGUACAGAUUUUGCCAAGCCCUCAAAUGAAUCAAUAGUAAGGGAGUGUUUGACCGUUUCCUAGGGCAGAGGUUUUAUUAAAGCAAGAAAGCAUUUCUUUUGGCAGGUACAAAGGUAAGACUUGUGAUAGCAUGGCAGGUUUUUCUGUGCCAGACAUCUGUAAGUCGAGAAAGCUCCGCAAUGCGAACGACCGGUUUGUUUUGAUCUUCUGUUUCCUGUGACAUCAAAUGCCUGUUUCGGUUUGUUUGGAAUUGCAAGCUCUAUUUAGUGAAAGACCAGGAACUGAGGACGAUUCAAUUUGGGAAUGAAUAUGAACACUUACGGUUUUAAUGAGGUAAUUUUAGUCUAUGCGGUCUUGUUAUGCUGGUAAAUUGGAGUCAUUUUGAUUAAGUCUCAUUAGAUGUGUUUGCAUAAUGAAGCUCAGAGGACUGAGCAAGUGGACUUGACAUUUUACAUAACAGAUUCAUAUCUGCAUAUGAGUGCAGAUUUAAACAAAUCCUGUUUUUCAAGUUGCAUAUGUUGCAUUUUUGUCUUUAUUCAGAAUCAUUUUGUUUCUUGAUGGUCUGUAAGGAAGGUCUGUCUAUUAAAUAUUUGAUUGUAUGAAACUAAUGUUGGCACACCCUCAGAUCAUUAUUCAUGGUCAUUUGCGAAGAUAAGCAAAUGUUGUUUUUAUACUUACCAUUACUACAGGUUUCAGUGAUCGUCCGAUGUCAUAAUGCAUAAUAACACACCCUCUCCAUUCAGAAGAACCUGCUGUGCAUGGGACGUGUUUCCCCACCUGCCUGUGAAACUCAUUGUUUGUGAAUUUGUGUGUGUGGGAGCUUUUUGCAUUGUUAGGCUGAUUUAGAAUCAGAGGUCAAGUCUUUUAACGUAACAUUAAAGGAGUAGUUUACAAAAUUCGCCCCCAUUGACUUUCCAUGGGAAUUUUUUAUUCCUACUAUAUGGAAAGUCAAUGGGGGUCAAUUUUGAAGUGAACUACUCCUUUAAGGUAAAGACUUGCUGGGUGAUUAAGCUUACCUGAGAUUUUUCAGAUACUUUUAACUUAAAACAGUAAAUUCUGGCAUAGCAAUGUUUUUAUUGUCUAUGAUAUUUUAAGCUUUUAUACUUUUUUGAUAUGUUUAUUUUGUGUGGAUGUAAACUCCAAAUUAUUCUGUGUCGCCCCCAUGUGUACUAAUGUGGAACUGCAGUGUCCAAGUUUGUAUAAACAGUCCAUCCAUUUUAGUGUCCCACAGGUAUACUUAGAUAUCUGUGCGCAUCAUAUAAUGUCUGAUGUUUUGUAAUUGAAAUGCUCCAUAACAGAGCAAAGCCACAUUUCUACUAACUGCUGUCUUUCCGGAAUAUCAAUGCACAAUGUUGAGCACUCACUAAAUCUGAUGUUAACUGCAUCUAGUUCACAUCUGACUGGUUAGGUUAUCCUAAAGCUGACCAUCAUAUCUGACCCAGUCACCUUCAUGUAGUCUUUUCUCCUCUGUUCCCAAUAACCCCACCGCCCCCCACCCAUCUCUGAGGAUCCAUGAGUGAGUUGACCUCCAAUGUGCAGACGAACCCUUUUAGUAGGUGUGGUGUGAAACAGAGGAAGAGGAGGAAGAGGAGACUGAGGAUUUAAAAGGCAGUAUUGCAUUCUGUUUGCAGGUAGAGCACGCAGGAACGCGAACGUAUUACUUCAGUGCAGACAGCCAUAAGGAGCAAGAGGAGUGGAUCCAAGCCAUGAGUGAUGCUGCCAGAGUCAGGGCCGAGACCACAACCAGAAAUAAGUCCGAGCCCAAUCCUGCAGCAGACCAAAGCGACAUGGUAGCCAAAAAACUGGAAUCCAAUUCUCAUGCCGAGAACAACGGCCAAAGGCCACACCCCCGUGAACCUGUCAAUCACGAGCUCAAUGGACUAGAGACCAGAGACAACACACCCACCACCCCGGCUACCCUUAAUACAGAGGGCAGGAUAGUGGAGAAAGGAGGCUUGCCGCCCCAUCAACCCAACGGAUGGGGUAACUACGGUCCUCCAAACGGUUCAAGAUAUCAGUCCCAGGAGAACAUGAGGGACAUACGAGAGCAUCACGAGGAGAACGUGGUGAUGCGGAGAGGCUUUGUGCCUAGGACGGCACCGGAGAGACUCGCUCAGAGAAAGAGCUCUAUGACUCAGCUGCAGCAGUGGGUGAACCAGCGCAGGGCCUUGGGGCCUAUGGAUGACGGGCACAGUCCAUCAGGGUAUUACACAGUAAACCGCGGUAUGUCACCGGAUUACUACAGUGUAUAUGGCGGACCUCCGUAUGUGGAUGAAUAUCCCCUCUACCCACCCGGUGUCCGCCCUGAGAGCAUCUGCUCCAUGUCGGCUGAGUACGAUCGACCGCCACCUCACUGGAAUAUGGAGGAGAGAAGGCGAUCUUUACGAGACGGACCCCUAUACGGACAACCUCGAGACCCUCAGUGGAUGAUGGGACCCCAUCCUGGCUAUUACUCCCAAGUGGAUUCAGCACAGAACUCCAUGCGACGCCUCUCCAUUCAGCCACGUUCGCGGUCCGUUCCCCGCUCGCCUUCUACUUCUUCUGGAGGACCGUACUCUCCGCACAGCUUUGCCUCACCCGCCCGAUCGCCCAGCACCAGGUUCGAUCGAGUGCCCAGCCGAAUGAGAGAUGAUGGUAUAUACGCUGAUCCCUCGGUUUACGGCUUGCGCAGGUCACUCAGCUCACCCAGGUAUGAAUUUCCUGGAGAUCGUCGCUCAUACAGUCAAGGAACGCACCACUAUAAUUACCCAGCAUCCCCCUCUCUCCAUGGUAAAAUGGAGGACAUUUUAGACAUGCAACUUCAGAGGAACUUGGAGUACAUAGAUCACCAGAUGACAGAGAGUGGUCACCUUAUCGGCAUGGUAACCAGAAUGGUUGAACGUUCUUCUCCUCGAUCAAAGAUAUAUUCUCAAGUGCCUCCAUACCAUGAUAUGUACAGUGAGCUACAUCCCACACUGAAGCUUAAUGAAAUUGAGACCAGUAAAUUGCUCGGCCGUCUGUGUGAACAGAAUCGACUAGUAAAAGAGCAGGAGGCUGUAGUCCAUCGGUUGAGAAUGGAAAAGGACAGCCUAGAGGGGGUGCUGGUGGCCACACAUCAGGAGAUGGAGCUGUACAGGAAUCAGCCACUGGCCAUGGAGAAACUUCAGCUGAAAAAAGAGAGUCUACAAAACAAACUGAUUAACAUCAGAGGAGAACUUUCUCAGGCUUCAAGCGCUCUGACCACCACUCGUGUAGAGUUUGACGCUCUGGAGGAAGAAGUGAACGCUAUCCAUGGUGAUUUGUGGGAGCAGCUGAACGCUGGAGGGCAUGGCGAGCUGGUUCACAGGCACAUUCAGAAGGAGUUUUGGAGGGUUCAGGAUGUUUUGGAAGUGCUGCACAAAAACAACCCGUCCCGUGGCACAGACACGGCCAAGCACAGGGUAGCCAGUAGAGCAUCAGGCUCCUUCAGCACAAACAGUCCAGCGAGUCCAUUGAGUUCAGUGAGUCUCACCAGUCCUCUCAGCCCCUUCUCACCUGUACCUGGGUCUCACGCCUCACCCCCUAAACAGCUGGCCACAGAGGAGGUUGGCCCUCCACGACCUCCGCUUCCUAAAUCUUACCAGCCCCUGGAGACCUCCCAGACCUUUCCCCCCUCCGUACCUCCCCUGCCCUUAAACAGCAAUGCCUGGCUGCACAGCAAGGGCCCUCAUGCCGGCCUCCACCAGGAAAGCUACAAGGACGAGGAAGAAUACCACAGCAGAAAGCACAACUACAACUCACAGGGAGAAAAGACCAGCGACUUCCAUUCAGAGCAAGACAGACAGUCCAACGUGAAUAAAGUUGGAGUUGUUCCACCCAGGGCCAAGUUACCUUCAGAACACAAGGGUACUUCUAAUGGUGUACAACGGAGAAAUGGGAAGGUGCCCAAUGGUCACAUUUCCAGGGAACGGCCAAAGAGUGCAGUGUUUCCUGCCGAGGUGAAGUCGAAGAUGACCGUGGAGGAGCAGAACGAAAGAAUACGAAGAAACCAGAGCAGUUCUGUCAGAGACAAGAGACGGAGCCUCAACCUGUCCAGCGGCCAGCACGUCGAUGGAUUCAAACCCACCACCAACUACAGAGUGGUGCGGAGGAGAGUGACUUCAGAUGAGGUGGAUAUUAAGGGUUUGGAGGCAGCUGUGAGGGGUGGAGGUGUGGAGUCACCCAGACAGGAAAUUGCACGUCUGCGACGACAGAUGGAGCCUGAACACUACGACCUCGAUAUCGGCAUAGAGCUGUCUGCUCCAGAGAAGGUCCUUAUUCCUGAGCGAUACUUAGAAAUGGAGCCCAGCACACCUCUUAGCCCUGAGGAGCUUCAAGAAAAGCAAAAGAAAGUAGAGCGAAUCAAAACGCUCAUUGCCAAAUCUAGCAUGCAGAAUGUGGUGCCGGUGUUGGACGGGCCGGUGGAGGGACCCAGUAAUUCAGAGCAUCAACUUCAAGAGCAGGAGAAGCGGAUCGAGAUCUCCUGCGCGUUGGCCGCCGAGGCCUCCCGUCGCAGCCGGCUGCUCUCCGCCCAGUGCAUUCCCAGUCCCCCUGCCUCCCCAACCAGCCUGGCCCCUCCCCCUUCUGCUGACUACUCUGACUCCUCCCACAUCAUGAAGGUGUGAAGCUCAAGCACUUGCAGCUGUCAAGUUUGAUGGUGAACCUUUCUGAGUGUCCAGCGGAUCAAGAUGAAAACCACCGAAAUAUGUUUCGCCUCUGCCAAACAUUGAAUUUCUUUUGAUUACCUACACCACGCUGAGACAUAUUUCAAAGUGUUUGGAUGUUUGCGGAGGUCUGUGCAUACUGCAAGGUUCCACUGCCUCUAUCUCCAUGCACUUCUUGUUUAAGAACUCAGUGGAAACCAUGACAGAACUACAUAAUUCAAUUAACAACAAUUGUUUGGAGGACGACAGUCACAUUACAAAAGCUACAAAACUAGCCAGGAUGUGAAAUAUGUUUACAUGUUCAUAUUUGCUCUUGGUCGCAUUACAGUGACUGGAGCAUAUAGGCCUACAGCAAAUUCAUGGGUACAGUUUAGCCGCUCAGGGUGGAUUCUGCAGACACAAGUACGUUGACAGGAAGGAUCGUGUGACGGAGACCAGUACAGACGGGAAGUCCGAGAUUUGACCGGAGGAGAAUAGCCACUGUAAAGUAAGGACUACGGCAAAGUUGUCGAGCUCAGUUUAUCUGGAAGUCAUCAGAUGAGAUAUGAAAAUGAUUUGUUCCGAACACUAGCCACAAUUGAACACUGUGGAUUCAUGUUGGGAUGCCCAAAUAGACAGACCGUUAAUGUUGGGCUUUAGACGAAGGAGCGAAUUCCCUCCAUCACCUUCAUUUCUCCAGUAAAGGAGUUCAAGGCCAGACUCACUGUGACUUUUCCUGGCCUCUUUUUCCAUACUGAACAUAGGGCUCACAAACCCUCUUCCUUGCCAGCCGAGUACAACCUGUCAGAAUUGCAGUCUUUUAAACCAUUGUCAGGUCUUUACUUACAGUGUACGUCUAUAAAGAAAGCUUAUAUAUUGAUAUGACUAUUACUCUAAUCUUUGCAUCAAAGCCAUGUGGACGCAUCAUAGUGCUUUACUGCAAGAACAGUAGUUACCAAAAAACGGUAAAUACUUGUGAGCGCUCUUGAAUAGUAGAUUAUAGAGAAAGCUAAACAUUUGGAAGUGUCCUUAGAGGUGUAAGUCUGCUUGUUGAUACACAAUGCGUGUUGAUGUGGGGCCAGCAACUUGCAUUACAGCCUGUAUAUACUUUCAUUAAAUUAUAUCAAACCUGUCGCCCCGACAGAAUAUACAAAGCCCUUAUUUGUGGAUCAUUGUGCCAUUUGGAGAUUCAUUUGGCUAUGUUUCUGCCACGGCACACUUUUACGUGUAAAUAUAGACUUCACAUGAUAUUAAAUGGAACAAUAUUUUGGAUUAUUUUUCUAGCACUGGUAAAACAUUUUAUCCAUCAAGCAGCUUGAUUCUAAUGUAACGAAACGUAAAGUACGAUUUGCCAAAUAAAAAAAUCUUCUGUUUUGUACUUUGAGGUCCUGAUUGGAGAGCGCAUCUUUCCUCGUAUUGAAACCUCGGAAAUGCCAUGCAAGUUGUUAGCCCGUAAACUGUGCUUGUCUUUUUGAAAGAUGUAAAAGUCUUUGGUUUAACUCUUAAUUGAGAAUUUGUUUGACAGAACUGUGUCUCUUUUUUCUUUCUCAUCAACGCUAUCACUGAUAUUGUGAUUGUGUUAUUCCUAUAUCCAAAACCCUAAAUCGAGGUAAAAACACGGUACGUUAUCUGUAAAAGAGUUUCUAAAGGAACAGGUUACUUAUCAUCGCCAAGCAAAAACAGCCCUGAAGAGACAGACAAAGAUUUAUUUUUAUUGUUUUUGAGAAAGAGAAUCUGAUUGUCAAAACGAAUCAUAUUUUUCUAUUAGCCCGGACAUCUGAUGUAUAAAAUGAGGUUCGGUUGGUUACAUUUGUAAAAUGAUUAAGAGUGUUUUGAAUUUUCACGGUAUAGGGGAAUACUGAUUGAGGCUGAUAUAUUUUUAAUUUAUUGAUCUGAACUUCAAAGCAUCUUUUUGCAGGCCUUGUUUAAAAGUUGUUUGUAAGUGUUAUUUUUUACAUACAGUAAUUGGAUUGGGUUAAAGUUGCAGUUGGAUAGUCGAAGCAGAAAUGUCUAAUAUUUUAUAAAAUAUGUAGCAUAUAAAGUGGGAUUAACAAAUACAGAAUAAGCACAUUGGUCUGUGUAAAUAUUUUUAAAAUCUAAUACUGUAUGUCUUCAUAUUGACAGUAACUAAUGCUCUUUUAAAGAAAAAAGAAACAAACUGCUUGAGCUAUGCAAAUCAGUCAAGAUAAACAAUACUUAAUGUGCUUGCUUUAGAAGUACCCUCAUGCAAUAAAGUGAAUGUAUUUAAAA